GUGUCCAGACCGCUGAGCUGCUUCCUGGGCCCCUGGCCCCUCCCACGAUGCCUGUGGCUGGUCUCCUCCUCUGGGCUUCCCUAGUGACCGGGGCCUGGCCAGCCACCCCCGUCCAGGACCACCCGCCGGCCACGCCCCGGGUCCGGCUCUCAUUCCAAGAGCUGAAGGCCACGGGCACUGCCCACUUCUUCAACUUCCUGCUCAACACCACGGACUACCGCAUCCUGCUCAAGGACGAGGACCACGACCGCAUGUACGUGGGCAGCAAGGACUACGUGCUGUCCCUGGACCUGCACGACAUCAACCGCGAGCCCCUCAUUGUAAGGUGGCCCCAGGGUGAGUGCGGGAACUUCGUCAGGCUCAUCCAGCCCUGGAACCGAACACACCUGUACGUGUGUGGGACUGGCGCCUACAACCCCAUGUGCACCUAUGUAAACCGUGGCCGCCGGGCUCAGGCCACGCCCUGGACCCAGAUGCAGGUGGUCAGAGGCCGAGGCAGCAGAGCCACGGACGGUGCCCUCCGCCCGACGCCCACAGCCCCACGCCAGGAUUACAUCUUCUACCUGGAGCCCGAGAGACUCGAGUCAGGGAAGGGCAAGUGUCCAUACGACCCCAAGCUGGACACAGCCUCAGCCCUCAUCAACGAGGAGCUCUACGCGGGCGUGUACAUCGACUUCAUGGGCACGGACGCGGCCAUCUUCCGCACCCUCGGCAAGCAGACGGCCAUGCGCACGGACCAGCACAACUCCCGCUGGCUCAACGGUGAGGCCUCCCGCCAGCCCGGGGCGGGGGCAGGUCUGGGAUGCUCCGUGUUCCGCGGCUCCGCCGUGUGCGUCUACUCCAUGGCCGACAUCCGCAUGGUCUUCAACGGGCCUUUCGCGCACAAGGAGGGCCCCAACUACCAGUGGAUGCCCUUCUCGGGGAAGAUGCCCUACCCGCGGCCCGGCACGUGCCCGGGCGGGACCUUCACGCCGUCCAUGAAGUCCACCAAGGACUACCCCGACGAGGUGAUCAACUUCAUGCGCAGCCACCCACUCAUGUACCAGCCCGUGUACCCGCUGCAGCGGCGGCCCCUGGUGGUCCGCACGGGCGCCCCCUACCGGCUCACCACCGUCGCCGUGGACCAGGUGGAUGCAGCCGACGGGCGCUAUGAGGUGCUUUUCCUGGGCACAGACCGCGGGACAGUGCAGAAGGUCAUCGUGCUGCCCAAGGACGACCAGGAAAUGGAGGAGCUCAUGCUGGAGGAGGUGCAGGUCUUCAAGGUGGGUGGCGGGGCCAAGACCAUGACCAUCUCCUCCAAGAGGCAACAACUGUACGUGGCCUCCUGGGACGGCCAGGCCUGUUCCCGCUACACCGCGUCCUCCAAGAGGCGGAGCCGCCGGCAGGACGUCCGGCACGGGAACCCCAUCAGGCAGUGCCGCGGCUUCAACUCCAACGGUGAGUGCCCACCCCCCCUCACC